UCAGAUAUCGUGCAAGCCCUCUACACAUAUGAGGCGCGCGCCACUGACGACCUCAGUUUCCAGAAAGGUGAUAGACUGGAAGUUCUGAAUCGUGACGAUCAGGAUUGGUGGCAGGCAAAGCACAUUACAAGUCAGCAGUCAGGCUACAUUCCAAGCAACUACGUAGCAGUUGUGGCAACAGUGAACACGGAAGAUUGGUAUUUGGGGAGAAUUGGGAGAAAAGAAGCAGGAAACCAACUGCAGACUCCCGGAAACAUUGUUGGCACCUUCCUAGUGAGGGAGAGCGAAACUACACCAGAUGCAUUUUCAUUGUCCGUACUUGAUAAUGAUCCUAAUCGAGGGACCGUGGUGAAACAUUACAAGAUUCGCAAUCUGGAUAAUAAGCGAGGAUUCUACAUAACACCACGCCGGACAUUCGACUCAUUGAAAGAUUUGGUAACCUACUAUAGAGAGAAUGCAGAUGGUCUUUGUCAUCGACUUACCGUUCCCUGUCAAAAACCCAAGCCGCAAAUGUGGGACAUAUCCAAGGAAACCCGCGACCAGUGGGAGAUAUCGAGGGAAUCGCUUCAGUUGAUAAGGAAGCUAGGUGCAGGAAACUUUGGAGAGGUCUGGUAUGGCACGUGGAAAGGCGUGACCGAGGUUGCUAUUAAGACAUUGAAAACAGGAGCCAUGUCGCCAGCUGCCUUCCUGGACGAGGCUAAAAUCAUGAAGCAGUGUCGGCAUGAUAAACUAGUGCAACUGUAUGCUGUCUGCACUCUGCAAGAACCGAUAUUUAUUGUCACGGAGUUUAUGAAGUACGGAUGCCUGUUGGACUACCUGAGAGGCGAUCAUGGUAAAAACCUCGACCUUUCACAACUGAUUGACGUCGCUGCUCAGGUUGCGAGCGGCAUGGCAUUCCUUGAAGCCGAGCGGUUGAUACAUAGAGACCUAGCUGCGCGUAACGUGCUCGUCGGAGAAAAUAACACGGCGAAAGGCGACUUUGGACUGGCAGAGUCAUUGAGGACGACGAGUAUUUCUGCUAGACAAGGUGCGAAGUUUCCAAUCAAGUGGACGGCACCGGAAGCAGCUCUCAUGGGAAAGUUUACGAUAAAAUCGGACGUCUGGUCGUUCGGCGUCUUGUUGCACGAGUUGUUCACUCUAGGUCAAGUGCCAUACGCUGGCAGGAGCAACCGCGAGGUUCUGGAGGCGCUAGAGCAAGGCUACCGCAUGCCACGCGACCGCAGAACGCCGCCGGUUGUCUACGAAAUACAAGUGAAAUGCUGGGACGAGAGCCCGCAGAAUCGACCAACGUUCGAAUUCCUAUUCGGAUACUUCGAGGACUUCCAGACUGCCAUCGAACCCAGCUACGAAGAUCAAGACCAAAUAAACUAA